AUGGCCUGGACAGCCCCGUCGCUCCUGCUGCAGCUCCCCGGUGCCAUCUCCGCCUCCUUCGCCCACGUGGCGAACUUGCUGCCCUUCGAAGAUGUGGGACAGCGGAUCGCACUCGCCAGCUGGGUCCACGCCCGCAACGUUGCGAGGACGCAGGGCCUCCACGUCUCUCUGUACACGGUGGAGGUCGCCAACGAGCCUCGCGUCCGUCGGGAUGCAGCCUUCACGCCUUUGCCGGACCUCACCCGCACGGCGCGGCACGUCAUGGCCGUGGGCCACACGCAGAUCCCGAGCCUGCCACUUCUCCGGGACAUCCUGGAGAGAGCGAUGGAUCUCACGGAAGACUUUAUCCUGCUCACCAUCGCCGACCUUGGGCUCAUGGCAGACUUCUACGUUCAGGUGCAAGCCCUCCUCGAUGAGGUCGCGCCCGCGCAGUCCCUGAGCAUUCUCCGUGUCGGCAUCGGAAACUGGAGCCGCCACGUCCACCAGCGUCACUGGAACAAGGGUGGAAGGGUGUACCUGAAGCCCUUCUUCGACUUGGUUCGACAGUUUCCGCAAAUCCAUCCCGGCAGCGACUGCUUCGUCUUCCCGCGCGCCGCACUCCCGCGGAUGCUCCCCAUGGUGGGCUACGUCUUCUACGGCGUUCCGCCUUUUGGGAAAUGCAUGCUGAUGGCAAUGGGAGCAGCCACUGGUGGUGCGGUGAUGGAAGUUGCAAAGCAGCAGCUCACCUUCCACCUCAACGCUGCUGAAAGGGAUCGCAAGCCGAACGGCCAGUUGCACUUCCAUUGGCAGGAGCAGACCUCGAUGAAGAAGGAGCUGCACUCCUUUAACAAGUACGUCGGCUUUGCCAUGGCGAGCCGGGUCUGGGAUCAGGGCGAGCUGGUUCACCGCCUCUGGAAACACUUUCAGGUCCCCAGCGGGUUCAAGCUCGAAGGAGGAGGUCACUUUGUCGACUUGGAGCAAUGCUUCAGGGAAGUCGGCAUCAUCACUGGCCUGGUGCUGGUGAUCAGCCGUAAGAGCCAGAGCUCGGCGGUGCUCCCUUACGUCCUUCAUGUGGAUUUAAUCCAGAUGAUAAAUGCCAGCAGCGGUCGAAUUCGAAGCCGACAGCGGGUCUGGGGCCUCCCUCCAGCGUUGGAGAUGGGAGACUUCGGGCCCAAUGUGGUGGUGGCCCGGCUCCAGAUGCCCUACGAGGCGGGCGACUGCCUUGGCUGGGCCUGGCGCUACGAUGUGACCGGCUUGAGUUUGGGCAGCGAGGAGGCGCAAGGACCUGCCCCAACGCUGUACCUGCCGGUGAGUCGUGAAUAUGGAGUCACCAAUACGCUGACCUAUCCACUCAGCCUGCGGCACCGACUGGCCGUUCGGGCGAUCGUGCAAGCCGGCAUCCCGCACGCGGGCUUUGAGAGACGGAAAAUGACAGUCCCACAACGAGAGCACUUGAUACCACGGGCGCUGCGCGCCUCCCAUGCAAGACGGCCAGUUGAGCAGUGGUGUGGCACUGGAGCCAGAAUGAGCCAACCACUCAUUUGUUGA